AUGGACUAAAGAACUCCAAUACAAAGGUUAGUGGAAGAAUUACACACAGGAUCACCUGCUUAAUUGUUAGAAGUAGCGAAUCAAUGUGAAUAAACUCCAAAUAUCCAAUUGACAAAGUCAAUCCUUUUAAUAAAUAAUAAGAAUUUUUAAGAAGCCUCGCAACUUUUGAAAGGACUGAAAGAUCAUUAACUUUAUCCUUUUACUAGAUUAUAUCUACUCUAUGCUGAAGGAUAAUAUCAAUAGGUUUUAACAGAAAGUAGAAAAAAUGUGCCGGAAGAUUAGCUAUUAUUGGGACAAGCUUAUUUAAAGUUAGGAGAGUUUGAACAAGCAAUCCAAUUAUUUUAGAAGCUGCUUAAAGAAACCAAAUUUCAAAAAGACUCUCAAGACAUUUUAACAAAUAUAGCAAAUGCAGCAAUUCAAUAAAAUGACUAAACCUAAAUGAAAUAAAUAAAUUAGCAAAUAAUUGAAUUCAUCAAAAAGAAUAAAAAUUAAUAUGCAAGAGAGUUAUUACUAAACCAUGCUUUGCUUAAUUUGUAAUUAAAUGAUCUAAAAACAGCAAAAGAAUUAACUAUCAGAUUCGAAAACAUGGUGAAAGUUGAAAAUGAGUAGGAUGAAGAUUUAUUUUUAGCCCAAUUAAUUUUAGAUGUAAUUAACCCAGGAGAUUACAAAAGCAAAGUUAAAUAGUAAAUAUUCAUUAAUAUAUAUAGAUACGAAAUUUUAGAGAAAGCUCCCGAAUAAGCAGUAAUAUUGAAUAAUUUGGCAGUAUUUUAAGAGUUUAUCCAUCCACACCAUGAUUCAUUAAAAAGAGUUGAAGAAGCAUUGUCAUUAGAUUAUAAAUUUACACCUCAAUAACUUCAUGUGUUGAAAAUUAAUAAAGCUAUUUUAUAAAUUAUAAAGAACAGACCAGCCAAGGAACAAGGCUUACCUUUACCUGUUCAGAUAGCAAUUAAUAGAUUAAAAUGGGAAUAACCAAUCGAAGAUCCUUAUCAAUAUCUGAUAUUUGCUACUAAUAAUGACAACAUAAACAAAAUAAUAGAACUAUGCAAUGUAAAAAAUUGGAAUUAGAACAAAGUCUUGAGCACUUUUAUCUUGGCUCAUAUUCUGAAAUUGUCUGAUGAUGCUCCAUAUGAAAAACAAAUUCAAUUAAUUGCUUAAUUCCAUAAAGAUUUGGUUUGCAGUUAUUAUAUCAAAAGAGGAAAUCUGGAUAAAGCUUUACUAUACUAGACCUAGGAUCAAUAAAUUAAGAGUCAACUUGCCUUGCUAUGCAUUGAAAAGGGAUAACUCUAACAAGGAGCUAAAUUUGUUGACUCUUUGUAAUUUGAUGGGAUUACUGAUAUGAAUGAAAUUGAAAAUUUAGAGAAAAAUAUUGGAUUAUCAAAGAAGGUGGAAGUCUAAGUUAAGAAGAUUUUAAAGAAAAAGAAGAAGAGAAUUAGAUACCCUAAAAAUUUCGACAAAACCAAUCCUGGUCCAUUACCAAACCCUGAGAGAUGGUUACCUAAACAUGAAAGAAAAGAGUGGAAAAAAAAGAAAUAAAUUCAUAGCAGAACUUAAGGAGGCAAUGCAGGAAAUGAAACAGUAAACACAUUUAAAUCAAGUGGAGCUUCGACUGCAUAGGUUAGUGCAGCUUAAAAGAAAACAAAUAAGUAUAGAAAAUGAUAAGUUGAUAAUAUAUCAUCCUUAAAAUUACA